AUGAACUCACGAUCGCAGACUACGUCGAUUUCCACUCUUGCGUUGCCUGCUCGACGCACCUCGUCUGUCAGCUCCCGCUUAUCGUCCGCUCUCUCUGCUGCGUCCACCGCGGAGCGUGGCGAGACACAGCAUGGAGCCCGCAUCGCAGCUCAGCACCAAAUAGAAGAGGAGAUUGCAAAGAUCAAGCGCUAUGAGGAUUUUACAACCAUCGAUUGGGUCCAGGAUGCUGUGCGAGAGCAGCUCCGUAGAAAGGCACGCAGGAGACGGCAGGCUGGGCCUUAUGGUGCCCUGUCCUUCGACUGGAGACAAAGGAUCUUAGAGGCCUAUGAUGCCGCACAAGGAUGGAUUGUCGUGACUAUAAUUGGUGCCGCCAUCGGCUUGAAUGCUGCCCUGCUGAGCAUCAUCACGGAGUGGCUUGCAGACAUCAAGCUCGGAUACUGCACGACUGCUUUUUACCUCAAUGAGGACUUCUGUUGCUGGGGCGAGGAGAAUGGAUGUGCUGACUGGCAUCGAUGGACGGGGUUUGAGCCAUUCAACUACAUCAUGUACAUCUUAUUCGCUAUUUUAUUUGCUUGGACUGCUGCCACUCUAGUCAAAUCAUAUGCCCCUUAUGCCGCGGGCUCCGGCAUAUCGGAAAUCAAGUGCAUCAUUGCGGGCUUCGUCAUGAAGGGGUUUCUCGGCUUUUGGACUCUGAUCAUCAAGUCUAUCACUCUGCCCCUUGCCAUCGGUUCUGGGCUGUCUGUUGGCAAAGAAGGACCUAGUGUCCACUACGCUGUUUGCACGGGAAACGUCAUCUCGAAGAUGUUUAAGAAAUACCGCGGUAAUGCUUCCAAGACCCGUGAGGUCCUCAGCGCUAGCGCUGCUGCCGGUGUAGCUGUGGCCUUUGGCAGUCCCAUUGGCGGUGUGCUCUUCUCUCUUGAGGAGAUGUCCAGCUACUUUCCCCUCAAAACUAUGUGGCGCAGCUAUUUUUGCGCUCUGGUCGCCACGGCGGUCCUCGCUGCCAUGAAUCCGUUCCGCACAGGACAGCUGGUCAUGUUCCAAGUUAAGUACGACCGGUCGUGGCACUUUUUCGAAGUCUUCUUCUACAUCAUACUGGGUGUCUUUGGCGGUCUUUACGGAGCUUUCGUCAUGAAAUGGAACCUGAGGGCACAGGCCUUCCGGAAGAGGUACCUAGCGAAUUACGCCAUUCUCGAGGCGACCCUGCUUGCAGCCGCUACCGCGAUCGUGUGCUAUCCCAACGCUUUCCUUAGGAUCGACAUGACCGAGAGCAUGAAGAUCCUGUUCCUCGAAUGCGAAGGGGCUGAGGACUAUCAUGGCCUUUGCGAGCCCGAUAAACGAUUUUGGAAUGUUGUUUCCCUCAUCCUUGCCACUGUUAUUCGCAUCUUCUUCGUCAUCAUCUCAUAUGGAUGCAAGGUUCCGGCUGGCAUUUUCGUUCCAUCCAUGGCCAUUGGUGCCUCCUUCGGUCGAACGGUUGGCAUCAUUGUCCAGGCGAUUCAAGAAGCAAACCCCCAGAGUAUUUUCUUCUCUUCCUGCCAGCCCGAUGUCCCAUGUAUCACCCCUGGCACAUAUGCUUUCUUGGGCGCUGCAGCAGCUCUCAGUGGCAUCAUGCACAUCACUGUUUCUGUGGUUGUCAUAAUGUUCGAGCUGACAGGUGCCUUGACUUACAUCUUACCUACGAUGAUUGUCGUUGGUGUAACCAAGGCUGUCAGUGAGCUCUUUGGGAAAGGAGGCAUCGCUGACCGCAUGAUUUGGUUCAGUGGGUUCCCAUACUUGGAUCAUAAAGAAGAACACAACUUUGGCGUGCCUGUGUCUCAGGCUAUGAUCGCCGACGUUGUCUCGAUCCCUUCAACUGGCAUGACAUUGAAGGGGAUCGAGCAGCUGCUUGCUAACGACAGCUACCAGGGCUUCCCUAUCAUCGAAGAUGAGAAUUCAAAGAUUCUCUUAGGCUACAUCGGCCGUACCGAAUUGCGUUAUGCCAUUGACCGUGCUCGGCGCGAUCAUAAUCUCAGUCCACUGGCACAGUGCAUCUUCGCCCCUUCUCGCAAAACCAACACUGCAAUCACCCUUGUAACUCCCACAACGCCCAUGACACCUCACCCCUCGACAUCAACAUCGUCAGCCCCGCUCGAUUAUGCUUCCUCUGCCACUGCGACGAUCAACUUCACACCUUAUGUUGACGCAACUCCGCUCACCGUUCACCCGCGCCUGCCUCUCGAAACGGUCAUGGAGCUCUUCCGCAAGAUUGGCCCCCGUGUUAUCCUCAUCGAGCUCUGUGGCCGUUUGUGUGGGCUGGUCACCGUCAAGGACUGUCUCAAGUUCCAGAUCCGAUUUGAGGAGGCGGCUUCGGCUGAGCACAACCACCACCAUCAUCAUGGGCACCCAGGAGAUGAAGAUAGCGCAGCUCAGGAACGCGUGUGGGAGAUGAUCAUGGCAGCAGCGGGAUGGCUGUCGGAUCGGGUGGGCAGCUUAACUGGAGGCAGGAUCCGGCUAGGGGAAUCCUGGGAGGGCGACAGAAGAGUGUGGGCAGAUAGGAGUAGGCACCGUGGUGGUGGGAGUGGUGAGAUAUUGGAUGGGACAGAGGAUGUAGGAGACGAGGGGGCGUUAGAGCUGUUCCCUCGUAAAGCAAAAAUGGCGGUUGAGAUCAUCAACACCUCAGCUCAGGUGCCGUGCGGUAGGCCAACAUGCAAGUGCCGCGUCGCUGCUGACAACAACCGGUUCGAAGCCCUCGUCCAAGCACUGAAGGACGCUCUGGGUCCUUGCUCAGGUCUCACGUCAGAGGACGUGGACGUCGAACACCUCAAACAGCUGAUGCGCGACUAUGUAUCGGACCCUGUGGAAUGGCAGAAGUAUGCCUUCGGGGACGCAAGCAGGGGGUAUACCAGAAAUCUAGUCGACGAAGGAAACGGCAAGAGCAAUCUGCUUGUGCUUGUCUGGACGCCCGGAAAGGGCAGCCCCAUCCAUGACCACGGCAAUGCCCAUUGCUUGAUGAAGAUCCUGAAGGGCAAUCUGACUGAAACGAGAUAUGAGUUCCCCGACGUUGAGACUGAGAAGCCCAUGCGGGUCAUCUCAGAAAGGGUGCAUAAGGAAAACGAGGUGGCGUACAUGGCAGACGAAUUGGGGGUGCACCGGGUAUGGAACGCAGGCCCUGACUUCGCCGUCUCGCUGCACUUGUACACGCCACCAAAUGUAGCGAAGGGGGGUUGCCAUAUUUUCAAUCCUGACACGGGCAAACGGUUCCAUGUUAAGAACUGCGGGUACUACUCCGCAUAUGGCGUGAAAUUGUCAGAGAUGGGUGAGUUGGGCAAGGUUGAGAAGCCAGAGUGA